UGCGCAGCAUGGGCCGGCGCGUGGUACGUCACUUCCUGUUUCUUUAGGGGAACGUGGCUUUCCCUGCAGUGCUUAUUUCGCUGUCUGCGUGUGUGCUGCAGAGCCUGUAGCUGGAGUCGUACCCCGAGCGCAGCCUCGCCAUGGAUUCAGCCCUCCCCGACCCGCAUAACGGCAGCGCCGAGGCAGGCAGCCCGACCAACGGCACGACGCGGCCGCCGUCCACGCCCGAGGGCAUCGCGCUGGCCUACGGCAGCCUCUUGCUCAUGGCGCUGCUGCCCAUCUUUUUCGGCGCCCUGCGCUCAGUGCGCUGCGCGCACGGCAAGAACCCUUCAGACAUGCCCGAGACGAUCACCAGCCGGGAUGCCGCCCGCUUCCCCAUCAUCGCCAGCUGCACGCUCUUGGGGCUCUACCUCUUUUUCAAAAUAUUCUCCCAGGAGUACAUCAACCUCUUGCUGUCCAUGUAUUUCUUCGUGCUGGGGAUCCUGGCCCUGUCCCACACCAUCAGCCCCUUCAUGAAUAAGUUUUUUCCAGCCAACUUCCCAAAUCGACAGUACCAGUUGCUCUUCACGCAGGGCUCUGGGGAGAACAAAGAAGAGAUCAUCAAUUAUGAGUUUGACACCAAGGACCUGGUGUGCCUGGGCCUGAGCAGCAUCGUCGGCGUCUGGUACCUGCUGAGGAAGCACUGGAUUGCCAACAACCUCUUUGGCCUGGCCUUUUCCCUCAACGGGGUGGAGCUCCUGCACCUGAACAACGUCAGCACUGGCUGCAUCCUGCUGGGUGGACUCUUCAUCUACGACGUCUUCUGGGUAUUUGGCACAAAUGUGAUGGUGACAGUGGCCAAGUCCUUUGAGGCACCGAUAAAAUUGGUGUUCCCCCAGGAUCUGCUGGAGAAGGGCCUCGAAGCGGACAACUUUGCCAUGCUGGGACUUGGAGAUAUCGUCAUUCCAGGGAUCUUCAUCGCCUUGCUGCUGCGUUUUGACAUCAGCUUGAAAAAGAACACCCACACCUACUUCUACACCAGCUUUGCAGCCUACAUCUUUGGCUUGGGCCUUACCAUCUUCAUCAUGCACAUCUUCAAGCACGCCCAGCCUGCCCUCCUGUACCUCGUCCCUGCCUGCAUCGGUUUUCCUGUCCUGGUAGCGCUGGCCAAGGGAGAAGUGACGGAGAUGUUCAGCUAUGAAGAGUCAAAUCCUAAGGAUCCAGCUGCAGUGACAGAAUCCAGAAAAGGAGCAGAGGCAUCAAAGGGGAUGGAGAAGAAGGAGAAAUGAUGCUGCUGGUGCCUGAUCCGAGGACCAGACCAGACAAGCCGCGGACGAACGACACAGACCUGCAGGACAGAGGGCACAGGAGGCCUAGGGCAGUUCUAGGAGAGGGGAGGGGCUUCUGGCCUCUGAUUCCCUGUCCCCUUCUCUGGCCUUUCUCUGCCCCUCCAUAUCCCCUGCAGGCAAAGCAAGCCCUCAGCCCCCUACCCCGACCCUGGUCAUCAGGUUGGAGGAGAAGUGGGUCUGAUUUUUAGAUUUUUGUAUUGUGGACUGACUUUGUCUCACAUUAAAAACUCCUCCCAUUGCCGGGGCGGGCACUGCGCUCCUGGGAGGGUU